AUGAAUGUGCUUUCGCUCAACGGCCAACCUCCUCGAGGAGCUGGACAACCAUCUCAUUCGCAAAUCCUUCAAUCUCCCCCUACCGUCCCUAUCGCUGCCCCAUCAACAACAACUCUGACUUCUGCUCCGGACACCGCAUUCUUCGUCACCCUUCUCAAAGCCUGUGAAACGGAUAAAUGGGCAGAUUUUCUCCCUCCCUUGCCUUCAUGGGAACACCCGCACUUCAGACAUAUAUCGUUGUUUUGGUCCAUCGUGUCUAAAUACUGUGCUCAGCGAUACCAGGAAGGUCUGGCGACCAGGAAUUGGAGCGAGUUCAUCAAGAUAUUCGAGCUAUUCCAGCCAAAGCUGGAGGCAUGGGUCAAGGCUGGGCGGUGGGCCUCACCGGAAUGGCUUGCCAGUGUGAAGGGCUAUCUGCCUGGACCAUCACCACACCAGCUUUCUCGACCUCGACCGUCGUCGUUGCGAAUCACUCGCACUCUUCCCUCUUCUGGGGGCUCGCCAGAUGUAUCGACAGAUAACGGCGGUAGGAAGCGGAAGGCAUCUCAGGAUGAUCAUCAAGGACGUAGCAGGACCGACCCCAUCGUGCUCGACAACAACGAACCGACUGCCCACUCCCCUUCGAAAUCAUACCCAUCGCCUGCCAGUCCGGAGGACGAAGACCGGCCGCGAAAGAUGACGAAAGGGAACCAGGGGAAAGCCUUACCCUCUCAGCCUGAGGAUGCACAAGAGAAGAGGGAUUCAAGUGCUGAACUCAAGAAGGCCGCCGUGUUGUCGCGAGGGGUCUCGCUGCGGAUAAGUAAUGUGGAGGCUUCGAAAGGUCAAAGCAUUCGUCAGGCACAAAGCGCACCGACCCCUGUUGCCGUGUCACCGGAAUCGGCCGAUCCUAAGUCGUCUUCAGUACAAAAGCGACCUCAGGCGUCGUCUGCACGUUCUCCCCACCCAUCGAUUUCCUUAGACUCUCCCAUACAGAAUCUUGCGACUAGACAAUCAGCUCCUCCACAUAACCGCCGCCCCGCCAAUAUCCCCCUUGUCCGUUCCAGCUCCCAGCUUCGCCUGCCCCAGGCGCAGAAACCUCGGGUCCGGCAUAAAGGCGUCAUACCAGUUAUCGCCCGUCAUCGAGUUCAACAGAAGCGUAAUCACCACCAGCAAUUCCAGAGUUACUUCCAGCAUAAGCAGGCCCCUAAGCGGCCUUCGCCUCUCGCACGUCACGUCAUCAACGCCGACUCGCUCCCAAGCCCUCUUCCCUCUCCUGCCCCCUCUCCUGCUGUUUUGCAUUUCCCUUUGGCUCCGUCUCUAGAUCUAGAAUCUCCUCAGCCUCAACAAGACCUAUCUCACGAUCAUUUAGAGAUGUCUCAGCGCGAAUCCACUGGAGAACCCAGCCUCGGGCCUUCGACCCCUGGUAGCACUGUGGCAGACCAUGACACGACCUGCGCCGACGAUGCCCAUCUUGAUCCAAUUCCUCCGACGUCGAAUUUCGUUGCUUCCCCGCCGAUAUCUUUACAGGCUGGUGACGAUGGCAGCGUGGCUUCGACUGACGCUGCGCCUAUUGAUGCCACAGCGGUACUGCUAGCUUUGCUCGGCUCGAGUAGUGCUGUCGCGGACCACGACACCACCUCCGUUGACCAUGCCCAUCUUGACUACCCAACUCCCCAGACGUUGGACUCCCUCGCUUCCCCACCGAUAUCUUCAGAGGCUAGCGAUUUCGACGACGUGGCUUCGAUUGAGGCUGCACUUGCCGAUGCGACAGCGACACCCCCCGGUUCGAGUGAGUCUAUUGCUGCCGGCGACGCAUAUCCUGUGGAGGAUCCAUCUUUUUGGACCUCACCGGAAUGGUUGGAGUUCGAACGAUGCGAAAUGCAGCAAAAGCCAAGGCGUGCACCCUUGCCUUUUGCCGAGAAUUUCUACGAGCUAUCUAAGCCGGCUCUCGACGACGUCGUCCCCAGUCUCCGCUCUGACGAUUGGGCCCAGGUCACGUCCUUCCCGAACCUCGAGUCGCUCGUUUUACCUCAUGAACGGACCUACUACGAACAUCCUUCACAAGUCGUAGGGCUACCGGCCUGCCGCUUCAACUCCCCUUUUCCGCCCCCGCUGAUCGAAGUUGCGAGGCAGCAUGCGCUGUUGGCGGCGUUCUUGUUUCCAUGUUUGGGGAUCUCUAAUGAGUCAGAGCUGGGUCGGUAUUGGGACUUGUUUGAAAAAUUUUGGAUGGAGACAAGGGUUGUUAUGGACAGUUGGAGAGGUCAAAGGCUGGCCAUACUUCGACAAACGAUGCAGGCUAUUCAUGAGAGGCAUCAGAAGGACGAGAAAAUAUAUCUUUCAGGGUAUACGCGGCCCGACACCUUAAGAAAGUGCCAGGAGCGUAUGGAGAGGGAGAGAAGAUAUGUGGAGUGGAUGAACGUUUUAUUGCGUGCUCAUGGAACUUCACCGUUCGACGAUUUAGUAGUGUAGUUACCAUCCCGUGGUACUUGUAUAUAUUUUCUCCCGCAGCACCGUAUUGUCGCUCCAUCGUAUACACAUCUUGCCAUACGCCCUCUCAUCCCGGAGUAGACUCUACUUUCCAAGUAUUCGAAUUUACAUCUUAUUUUUGUCUGGCUGGUUCUG